AUGGCUGACUUGUACUUUUGGUAUUCUGCAUUGCUGACUGCGCUAAGCGUGACUCUUGUAUGGUGGAGGAACAAGAAACAAUAUGACCCAAAACCCUAUUCUCCGCAAGACAGCCAGCACCACCAUGAAGAGUUGCCGAGCGAUUACAACGACAUCGAGCCCCUGGAAGACUUUGACUUGGACAACGCCGAGCCAGUGCAGACACGGCCAUGGAAGCCCAAGUAUCACCUCACCAUGGGCCUUGAGAAAUGCACAUUCUCAGACAUUCUACCGAUCGACAAAACGUUAGAGGAGAGGCUUGCCCUGCGACGUAAGAUUGUCACUGAGCAUUCCGAUAUGGUCAUUGCUUCUGACCCCUGUUCGGAGGCUGCCGUCAAGGAGUUUUACAUCUGGAUGGUAAGGACAUACCUACCGCGAAGGUAUCCAUCUCUCUACCAUUCCAAAGGCGACACUCUCCUCGGUCCAGCAUCAACUAAGCUUCCCCUGGACCCGCCGAACGAUGUCAAGGCAGUUCUCAGGCUCCUUGCUGAGAACAUGGAUACAGAACUGUUCUUUCUCCAACGGCAAGGCGACAGUUACGUUGCAAGAGCACUCAUUGAUUGCUAUCCUUUCUCAUUCAACCCUUCCCUCAAGUUGAACAAAACCCUCGCAGAGAUCCAUGGCCCUGUCCCUGGUUACAAAGAAAAGCUUGAGAGGCCGAUGAACCGCUACUUCACCUCCCUGCCAAAGGGCAAAGCCGUGAAGCGGCACAACUGGAACAUAUCCAUUGGCCGCGAUCUCUUCGCACCGAGAGAGAAUCCUUUGACAGUUCUCCCCUUGUGGCUGAUGGAUCGGAUCAAGACAGUUCUUGAUUGGCUUGGUAUUGAGGUGUUGACGAUGAAGGGAGCCGAUCUGGACCCUGAAGAAAUGAACGUGCGAUGUGAGAGGCAGACGCUUCAUAGGUUGAUGGAAAAUGAUAACACGUUGGUGUUUGCUUUCAAGACAUAUCAAUAUCCUCUCAGGCAGAUUCGGGAGGAGGGAGGAGGACCGGCAUUGGCUGAAGCGAUAAGGGGGAUCAAUCGUGGCAGCGUGCCUCAAGUGGCGUGGUAUAAGGCGUCGGUGUAUUGGGAACGAGCUGUUGUAGAGUAUCUUCUUGGCGGAAGUUCUGAGCAACCUGGAAAUUUGUAA